AUGCUGGAGAAUUUAUUACUUCGAACGGUAAUCGGGUUAUUAAUUUUUACACACGUCAAUGCUCAAAACCAACUAGUCGAAGUAGCGACAUCGCCGGAAUAUCAAUGGAACGGUGUGGCUUUAACGAAGAAUGGAAGAAUGUUCGCAGGAUUUCCGCGAUCGGUUAGUGAUGCGACGAUUUCUGUUGCUGAAAUUCUGCCAACGAACGUUAUGAAAGCUUUACCUGGGGGAGACUGGAAUACUUUUAAUCCGAUAAAUUCGACGGAAAAUGUUGAGAACCGUUUCGUUAACGUUAACGCAAUUCUGACCGACGUGAACGACAAUUUGUGGGUUGUUGAUGCCGGAAUGAUUGGUAAUAGAACAAUUCGAAACUCCGCGAAACUCAUAAAAAUCAAUCUUCAAAAUAAUAUGGUCGAACGCAAUUAUUCAGUUUCGAGUCUCAAUCCUCCAGAAGGCUUUGCUUUAAAUGAUGUGCGAAUUGCCUCGCAGUACGCUUUUUUAACCGAAUCGGGAAUUGGUUCAAUCGUUAUAAUUAAUUUGCAGAGUGGCAGAGUGCGCCGAGUUUUGGACAAACAUCCGUCUACAAAGUUCGAUGCGCCGACCGUUGUCCGAGUCGAAGGACGCAAGGUUUUAGACGAAAAAGGCGAGCCGAAAAAUAUGCCGAAUAAUAACCUGGAGCUCACACCUGAUGAAAAAACGUUGUUGUAUAAACCAUCGUUCAGUUACAACUGGUGGAGAAUAUCAGUUGCAGAUUUGACGAAUGAAAAUCUGACCGAAACACAACUUGGCGAUCGUGUCAUAAAAGGGAGCAAAACAAUGCCGACAGGCGGUACGACAAUGGACAACGAGGGGAACAUAUAUCUGAUGGAUUUGGAGCGCCGCGCUGUGUGGCGACAAAAGCCGGAUGGCUCUUUGAGUUUGAUUGUACACGACGAGCGCAUCAUUUGGGGUGAUGCCUCAGAUGUAAGUGCAGACGGAUUUUUAUACAUUCCAAUGUCACAAAACAAUCGCACUCCGGGUUUCAACAAUGGUGUUAAUCAAGUCGAAAAGCCGUAUCGGAUUUACAGAAUAAAAAUUAACUCUGCUCUUCGCACGAAGAGUGUUUCAAUUCUCGUAUUAAUACUAAUUUUUAUGAAAUUUUUUGUCGGAUGACGUUCUUCUGCAAAAAUAUUCAGAUCGGCUACAGCAUCUUCUGAACGGAUUCUUCUAAGAAACUUUUUAUUAUGCCUCCCGACUGAUCCGAGACACUAAGACAUAAGUAGCUAGCGUGUGUGUGCUGAGUGGUUUAGCUUUCUGUUUAAUAUAAAUGUUCUUUAAUUUUAUUCUCUGUGACUACAUGUGUUUCUUUCUUACGUAGUAUUCAUACUAGCAAUUUUCGCUUGUUGAACACUCAAAAUGAUGUCAUAGGUCUAUUCCUCUUUCUUUUUACUGUUCUAUAUUUGCUCGAUGGAAGUUCUUUUGUUUUUCUUCUUUUAAAAAUAAAGCUUAAACAAAGUAACUUAUUUAAGGCUAAAUAACUUAUCUUAAGCAUAUCACCGGACUCCGAAAUUUUAAAACGCGAUUAGAGUCCGGGGGAUCCCCCGGCCUCGAAUCGCGUUUGAAAAUUUCGGAGUCCGGUGAUAUGGUUCAACGCAUAGGCUUCAAUACACCACCUUUAAAGUAUGGGAAGCACAAUAUGCUCACCAAGCUAUACCAUCCUCUUAUAUAUAUUCGAGCAGUGAAAAGAAAACGAUGAACAGAUCCGCGAAAAGAAAUAUUGAGAGGUUAAAUAAAGCUGUUACACAUUUCUUAAACAUUAUAAAAGCCACAUCAAAUCACAGGCUUCUAGUGGAACGGAAAAGACAGGACUCAAGACUAGGACUGCAGCCGUUCACGUUGAUCUGGCAAAAAUUUCAACGGGAACAGCAACGGUUUUGCCAUUGACGUUUUGAACUGUUAACGGCAUCUCAUCGCGGUAGAAGUUCUAAACUCUAAACUACCCAGCCAGUCUUCCGAGGGGUCUUUCGAACGCUCGUUUUACGUGUUCCGAUGGGCCUCGAACGCUUAUUUCGAGGGAUCGAAGUGCCAUU